UACACGAUAUGUGAGGCAUUUUUAAAAAAAACAGUUAACUGAUUUCGUACUUCGAAAGGUGUUGAAAUCAUUCCCAUUCUUUUUUUCAAUUAAAUGCUGUACAUAUUUUUAAAAUGUUAUUAAAAUGUACAAUUUUUUUAACUAUUUUAAAUUCAUUAAUUAACGUAAAUUUCGCUCAAGAGAAUGAUCAACAGAAGCGAAAUGUCCUGUUAUUAUUGGCUGAUGAUGGUGGUCUCCAAAUGGGAGCAUAUAGAAAUAAAAUAUGUCAGACACCUAAUCUAGAUAAAUUAGCAAAGGAAGGGUUGAUAUUCAAUAACGCCUACACGUCUGCUAGCAGCUGUUCGCCUAGUCGAGCUUCAAUUUUAACAGGACUACCAAGCCAUCAGAAUGGAAUGUAUGGUCUUCAUCAUGGUGUUCAUCAUUUUCAAUCGUUUGAUAAUGUUCUGAGUCUACCGACUAUAUUAAAAAAGAAGAAUGUACUAACAGGAAUCAUUGGAAAGAAACAUGUAGGACCAAGUCAAGUUUAUUCUUUUGAUUUUGCUAAAACUGAAGAAACAAAUUCAAUACUCCAAGUAGGAAGAAAUGUAACAAAGAUUAAAUUACUGGUCAGAAAAUUCCUAUCAAAAGCUAAACAAAGUGACCGACCAUUUUUCCUUUACGUUGCUUUCCAUGAUCCACAUCGCUGUGGUCACACGAAUCCACGUUAUGGCAAUUUUUGUGAGAAAUUUGGCAAUGGAGAUGUUGGAAUGGGAAGUAUACCAGACUGGCAACCGAUUUAUUAUCAAUGGGACCAAGUAGUAGUACCUUAUUAUAUUCAAGAUACAGAAAUGGCACGAAGAGAUAUUGCUGCUCAAUAUACAACUAUUUCCAGACUUGAUUGUGGUAUUGGAUUGGUUUUGAAAGAACUUGAAGAUAGCGGGUUUAAAGACAAUACUCUAGUUAUUUAUACCUCGGAUAAUGGAAUACCAUUUCCUAAUGGAAGAACUAAUCUCUAUGAUCCUGGCAUGGUAGAACCUUUCAUCCUUUCAUCUCCAUAUCACAAAGAAAGAAGAAAUCAAGUUACUUAUAGCAUGACAUCAUUAUUAGAUAUUGUUCCGACAAUUCUCGAUUGGUACAAUAUUAGCCGUGAUAAUAUCUAUGAGAAGAUUAAAUUAACUGGAAAAUCGUUAUUACCUCUUCUAACUAAAGAACCUGUCACUAAAGAUGAAAUUAUAUUUGCAAGUCAAACACAUCAUGAAGUUACAAUGUACUAUCCAAUGCGUGUAGCCAGGACUAAAAGAUAUAAAUUAAUUCAUAAUUUAAAUUAUCGAAUGCCCUUCCCAAUUGACCAAGAUUUCUAUUUAUCUCCAAGCUUUCAAGAUCUUUUGAACAGAACUCGAUUACAAAUGCCUUUAAGAUGGACUAAAACCUUGAACAAUUACUACAAUAGACCAGAAUGGGAAUUAUUCGACUUGAAACUUGAUCCAGAAGAGCUCAAUAAUAUCGCUGAUAAAUCGUCUAUGAAGAAUGUGUUUGAAGAAUUGAAGAAAAAAUUAUUUCAAUGGCAAAAAGAUACUGAUGAUCCAUGGAUUUGUGCUCCAAGUGGAGUUCUUGAGCCGAUUAAUGGAAAUCGUAGCAACUUGGGGUGUAUGUCAACUAGCUUUUAGAACACUUGACAUCAAAAAUGGUAUAAUGAAAAAUACUCACACGGUUA